CAAGGCUGUACCUCUUCAAAUGCCCCGACCAUCGUUGAUACCGGCUUCCAAUUGCAGACCUGCGAGCGUCUCUCCGCAAAGAUGACAAGGAUGCUGCAAAGGCGGCAUCUAGAAGGCGGCACAGGGUGUUGACCCACAACGAGAUGCGGCUACCCGCUUCGCUGACGCUGACUCGCAAUGGAAAUGCACUUCACUCGUUGAGACACGUCAGUCAGCCUGCAAACCCACCCUGAAGUCAGACCAUAGACUUAGCGCAACCGAAGCACAUCCACCCUCAAGCAGUCAUGACCAAGCGACGACUAACCUUGACUCCUGACCUCUCACCAGCAACACGACAACGAUCCUCUGUUCCUUGCCCUCUCUCUCACCAUCCUCAGCAUCCGCCUCCUCCCCUCACCACUCCCAUACGUCCCUCACCUCACAUUCUAAUGAGCAACGGCCACCAUGGAGAUGGCCAUGACGGAGUCCGCGCUUCUUUUGUACCUCAUCAUGGUCCGCCUACGCACAAUGCUCUCUUCCUCGAAACCUUAGCUCACGGCACCGGUACCGACGGAACACUGAAGCUCACCGGCUCAUCUCUCACCAUUGGCUAUCUCAACGCCAUCGCCCGUCACAAGAGCAGCUUUCAGCUGGACGCAGACGCUCGUCAAUGCGCCGUCGAGGCUGGCAAUCAAGCUCUCGCCACUCUCGUCUCAAGCAGAGAUCGCACCGUGUACGGCGUCACGACCAGCUUCGGCGGAAAUGCUGCUUCCACUCUACCCUCCUCACAAGCCGACUCAAUCGCAAACGCCCUUGAAGGUCUCCUCGCCGGCAUAGAUUCAACCACGCCCUCCAUGAGCGGGCCAUCUCACACCCUUCCUACCGCCUGGGUACGCGGUGCCAUGUUGCUCCGCAUCAACAACCUUCUCCGCGCACACUCCUGCGUCCGUUGGGAGCUCAUCGCUGCUCUUCGACACUUGCUGGUGCUGAACGUCACGCCUGUCGUACCCACGCAGGGGUCCAUCUCCGCUAGCGGAGACCUCAUGCCACUUGCUUACAUCGCCUACGCUCUAUGCGGGCAUGCAGGAAUCCAGGUCGACAUCAAGGGAGAACGCAUGUCCGCUCGCGAGGCUCUACAGCAGCUCAGCGUGCCCACUUUCGUCUACCAGCCAAAGGAGGUACUAGCUAUCAUCAACGGUACGGCAGUUGCUGCCUCCGUUGCCUCUCAGGCAUUGUACGACGCCCACGGCUUGCUCGCCCUCACGCAGGUCGUCACCGCAAUGGCCUGUGAGGCAUCGUUAGGCUUCAAGGAGCCCUUCUCUGCCUUUCUACACGACACGGCGCGUCCUCACCCUGGGCAGGUGCAGGUAGCACGCAACUUGAGGCGUUGGUUGGCCAGCAGUGGAAUGUUACAAGAUGCGGCGAAGGAAAAGACAAGCAGCCCUGUCGAGCUGCUCUGGCGUGCUGGGACGAAGUCUACUGCUGAAGCCGGAGCGCAGGUCGAUGGACUCUUUCUCAAGCAAGAUCGCUACCCCGCUCGUACCGCACCUCAGUGGAUCGGCCCCGUCGUCGAGGACUUUAUCGCUGCUCAUCACAAUCUAGAGAUCGAAAUCAACUCAAGCACAGACAACCCUUUGAUGGAUCCCGCCACAUCCGAGGUCCUCCAUGCGGGCAACUUCCAAGCCACUGCCGUGACCAACGCGACUGAAAAGACGCGGGAUGGUCUUGCCACUUUAGGCCGUAUCGUCUUCGCCCAACAAACCGAGCUCCUCAACGCCUCAAUGUCCAACGGACUGGAGCCUUGUCUCGCACCCUGUGAUGGCCCCAACAAGGACGGCGGGCUCAAAGGCCUGGAUAUCGCAAGCGCAGCUUACAUGUCCGAGCUGGCCUACCUGGCCAAUCGUGUCAACCACCUCUGCAUGAGCGCCGAGAUGCACAACCAGAGUAUAAAUUCUCUCGCGCUCGUAUCAGCACGAUACACAGCCAUGGCGGUCGAGACUUUGAGCAAGCUCUGUGCAAAUGCACUCAUGGUCGUCACGCAGGCUAUAGACCUCCGUCUCGCUUUUGUGCUCUUUGUUGGCAAGCUUCACGCCUGGCUGAAGGAUGCUGCAAAGCGUCUCUCAAGGGACCGUCUCUCGAUCGACAAAGUCUAUGCGUGGUACACACGCGAUUCGCCUCACUUUCCGGAAGAGAGUCACGCCUUUCUUUCCUCUGAAGCUACGGUCGAGCGCAUAGUCGAGCGACUCGUUCUCUGCUUCAUCACCAAGGGCCACCUAGACUACACUACGCGAGCCAAUGACGCGGCGUCAUCGCUAUACGUGAUGUCUGAUCCGAACUUCUUUGUCGCUGCGAUGCUGGAGAGCGAGUCGUCAGGCCGACAUCUUGAUGAGGGGAUGAAGGAGUGGAAUAGCAGGGAGAAGAUCUUGGCGGCUGUGGGUAGGCACAUCUGCAGGCUCUAUGAGGAGAGCAGGAGUGACGGGAUACUCAGGACUCAGAAGGAAGAGCACGGACAUCCGUGUGCCCUUACGGAACGCAUCCUCACCUUCGUCCGCAGCGAGCUGGGAAUCGAAGCCUGGUCUGGGCCGCACCCGCGCAAGGGAACACAGCUGAAAAGCUCUUUUGGCCGAGGUGCUGUUCACGGUGUGGGUGUUGGGAGCGCUGGUGGGAGUGACGGCGCCGCUUGGAAGAGCACCGUAGGCGGACGCGUCACCAGGCUGUACGAGGCCAUCAGGGAUGGGAAGAUAGCUGAGGCUAUCAAGCAUUUCUUUGACGAGGAGGAGAGGAGGGGGAUGGACAUCAAGAAAGAGGGGCCCGACGCCCGCGAUUGAGGCAAGGUUGAUGGAUCGAGCAGAGCGGAGACAGCUGGCAAAGCGGCCUUUGAUUCACAGCGCACACUAGCAUAUCCUUUGCCCUAAUGACGGUCUUGAGCAACGAAGAAGAGACAGUCAACACCAAGCUCAACACCGGUUGAGCUCUUGCGUGACCCUUCGCCGUCACGGGAGCCCAACGUCAGACGUUUUCGGCGUGGGAUAGAGUUGCCGGCGGCUGCCACCCUAUUGCCCGAGAUGAGUGCC